AUGAGUGAGGCCAACAGCCGGCCUUGGCUGCCAGGAGCGCCGACUAGCACUCCGUCUAGAGGUGGCCCAGUAGUAUCCAGUGGGGUCUCCAAUCGGUUUGAAGUGCUUGGUACUCUACAGGACCCUGCUGAACUGUGGGAUACCAUUAACCGGGAAACCCUGUCAGCUGCUGGGGAGUAUCUUGGGGUCCGACCUCGGCGAAGGAGGCGUGUUGUCUCGGACGAGACGCUGAACACUAUAGAGAUGAGGCAUGUUGCCAAACUGGAUGGGAACCAUGUCUUGCACAGGGAGCUGUCUUGCUCUGUUAGGGCCUCUUUGAGAAUGGACCAAAGAAGGUACGCUAGGGGUAUCGUGGAAGAAUUGGAAGGUCAUUUUGCCCAAAAUGACCUUCGACCUGCUUUUCGAGCCCUGAGGGAACUCCGGUCGAAUUCCAUCUCUCACUUGGGAUCAGUGAGGACAGAGGAUGGUCGCGUUCUGUCGGAGCUGGGUGAGUAUAGGGCCUGCUGGGCUAAGUACUUUGAGUUACUGUAUAGGGUAAAUCUCCCGACUUCACAACUCCCUUUGGCUGGCACACAGCCACUAGUGGCUGAUCCAUCAAUCAGUGAGGCACCACCUUCCACCGAAGAGGCGAGAAGGGCGGCCUCUAGGCCGAAGAGUGGAAUGGCUGAUGGUGUCUAUGGUGUUGCUUUGGGGUUGUUGAAGGCGAGUGAAGAAGCCAUGAUCUGCAAGGUCCUCUCUCAUCUGCUCUUGGCGCGAGUGUGUUUACGAGCACAGAGACCUGAGCAGUCUGGUUUUACACCCAAGAAUGCACCGGGAGAGUCUCUGGAGCCUGUUGGGUCUCUGUGGGAUCCUCCAUGGGAUUAUUGGUUUGCUGUCUGGUCUGUAUAUAGAUACCGGGAGUGCUGUCAAGUGUGGAUGGGGGGGAUCUCUGACUUUUUCCCGGUGUCUGCCGGGAUGAGGCAGGGAUGUGUCCUGGCCCAGGCCCUUUCAAUACUUGCAUGGACUGGAUACUUGGCCGUACCGUGGCUGUGCCGUAGUUCCUGUGGAGCAUCAAUUGUGAAGCUAGCAGAAACACUGGAGGUCCUGGAAAUAGCUCUCGAGACACUGCAUGAGGAGGCGAAGCUGUUGGAACUCUCUGUCAAUUGGACCAAGACCAAAGUUCAGGAAUUUGGGGGCUUGUUAUAUGUCGAUGUUCAGUUUGUGCAUGUCUGUGGUGAGAACAUUAACAUAUUGGAUAGCUUCACUUAUCUUGGUAAUGUAGUGCAGAGCGACAGAGGUCCUGACCGGGAAUGUUCUGAAGGCACAACUCGACUCCCAUGGGCUAAAUAUAUUCGCAGAAUCAUGGGGUAUACCUGGAGGGACCAUGUGUCCAAUCAGAGGACACUCCACGAGACUGAUUCAAGACCUAUUACCAGUCUGAUACGAGAGCACCAACUUCAACUCUUUUGGGCAUGUGGCUCGUUUUCCUGA